UGAUAUUAAAGCAAUGCGGCUGGUUACCUGCAUGACAGUCUGCCCGCGACCGCGCGUACGUACGCACGCACCUGCAACGAUAUCGAACUAUUUGAAUUUCGAACUUACCGCAUUCGAAAAUGUAAUUGUUCGAACUGUUUUCAUAAAUCAAACACGAACUCAUAUGUAAUGUAAUUAACAAGAAACUUACCAGUGUACUGUAAAUAUUGGUGUAAAUAGAUUUCUUUCGAUUUUUAAAAGUGUUCUAAGUGUUUGUGUAAAAUAUUUUUUUAUAUAAAAUCCUGUGAUAUUAGAAUAAGGAAUACAGUGACAUCAAACCAGCAAGCAUGGUUGGUGCACCAGAUGUGGUCAAACCAGCGGAGAAGAUUGAGGAUCAAUCACCGCACGUCGCCAAUACACCAGUGUAUACCAUCAGCGAUGAUAUGGGAGGACUGGAUUACAGCAUGUCUUCGAUAAAUUCCAACGGGGAUCUGAAGAGCCCAAACGGGACGGCCCCAGAUAAGAAAAUCAACGAGGCUGAUGCUGAGAAACAACCACUAUCAGGGAAAAAAGAGGAAAGAUGGUGGACGACUCUCAUGCAAGUGGCCGUGCCUUUUUUUAUCGCCGGAUGCGGAACAAUCGGUGCUGGAUUAGUUUUGGGAACAGUCAGGGAUUGGGAGGUGUUUGUGAACGUGUCAGCAAUUUUCGUUUUAGUACCAUCAUUGUCCGGACUCAAAGGAAACCUCGACAUGUGUUUGGCAUCGCGUCUAUCAACACAAGCCAAUCUCGGCAAUAUGGUAUCUAUGAAGGAGGUCAUCUCCAUGGUGGUCGGAAACAUAUCACUAGUACAGGUGCAAGCGAUAGUUGCGUCUACAGUUGUAUCAAUGUUCGCAAUUAUCGUUAACACGAUUACAGAGCGAUCCAUCCAUGGGCCUUACAUUCUGCUCAUCACGGCAUCAGCUGUGUUCACGGCUACCACUACCUGUUUUGUCUUAGAUUUUGUGAUGGUGAUGGUAAUAUAUUGGUCACAUAAAUUCAAGCUAAACCCAGACAACGUGGCCACCCCACUGGCAGCCUCUAUCGGCGAUAUAGUCAGCAAUUCCGUGUUAGCUGUCACCGCCCAAUAUAUGUAUGAACAAAUAAGAUCAUCGUUGUGGCAGCCUAUAAUGUUGAUAUGCGUAUACUUUAGUCUUCUCCCGCUCUGGGUGUUUGUGGUCUACAGGAACAAGUACACCAAGAAGGUCCUUACCACAGGCUGGACGCCAGUCAUUUCAGCUCUCUUCAUCAGUGGAAUCGGAGGAAUUGUCCUCGAUCAGGCCGUGGACCGGUUCCGGGGAUACGAAGUGUUCCAACCCAUUGUCAAUGGUAUCGGAGGCAACCUGGUCUGCGUGCAAUCAUCAAGGUUGGCCACUAAUCUCCACCAGACGGCAAUACCUGGCGAGCUGCCAGAGAACACGAGGAUCCUGGAAUGGCCAUGGAAAACUCUCUUCUUCGGAACUUCUGCAGCUAAGGUGGCCCGCAUGUUAAUAGUGUUGGCAAUAUUUGGACAGAUCAUCUUUAUGACUGUAGCUGAUUUCGUCUACCAAGGCGUUGUGACCAUCCAAGCAGCCUUUGGCAUUACCUAUGUCAUGUGUGCAACUUUACAGGUUAUGGUACUAUUGUACCUCGCAUACAUGCUUAUACAUCUGAUGUGGAAGAAGAAGAAGGAUCCUGAUAAUGCAGCCAUUCCUUACCUGACUGCCUUGGGUGAUCUUUUGGGUUCAGUAUUCUUAGGUCUAGCCUUCGUCGUAUUAUCCAUCUUCGGUUUAGAGUAUGGAAACAACGUCCAGUGAAAGAAAAAUAAAACCAAAUUUAAGAGCAUUUCUUGAUUUUUCAUUGCGUGGUCUUUAAAUAUCGACUGCAAAACAUCAUCGGCGCUAACAUUGUACCUUUUUGUGGCAUUGUCCGAAUUACAUAUUAUUUUAAAAUAUUUCAACAAAAUCAUUUUAGAAGAUGAAUUUCAAUAAGACUUUUUAGCAAAUAGCUUUAUGCGAAAUUAACUGUAUAAUUUAUUUGUUUUUAAAUAUAAAUUUGUUUUUCGAAAAUGUUUUACAUGCCUUAUGAAUUAAUUAACUAUCAAUCAGUAUUGUUAUUAAAUUUUAUAGAAAGUAUACUUGUAACUACCAUGGUGCCAAUGUUAUAUAGAUGACAUUCUAAUAGGUAGGCACAACAAAGAGGACCGCUGUAUCGUGGAAGACAUGUUCUUAGUAUUAUUAUUAAAGAUCAACAUGUAUGUAUACUAAUUAGUGGUAUCUCGCUCUCUCACUCUCAAUGGUCAGAUAUAAAGGAGUUACAAACUCUAAGUACGAGAGUAGCAUAGACUGUGAUAUGAUUCCAAAAUGUGAUUUAUUGCAAUAGCUAUCUUUUUGACUUUGACAUCACUUUAAAUGGAGGAGGACAAUAUUUUUUUUUUGUGUGGUCUAAAUUAUAACUAUAAAUGAUAUUCUUUUCGAUUCUGACAUUUAUUGAUCGAAUUUCUCGCUUAUUAUAGCUUAUACCUUAAAUUAUGGUCAUGAUUAUGUUUCUCAUAUGCAUGACAUACCUAUAACGUAGUUCGAAACUUAAAUUUUAUUGACAGUCCUAGAACAAAUAAUAAUGAAUAGUCCUCGUAUUUUUGGGUAGAUUUUAUCUAUGAGUAGAUAGUGUAUUGAAUUGUAAAUUGCAAUUAUCCUAGCAAAUAAUAGGCGUCACAUAGUGUAAAAAAAAAAUCUGUCGUCAGGGAAUCCGUAGUAAUUAUAUACUGGUUAUAAUUAACAUAAAAAAUAUGUGAAUUAGGUUUCAUCUUACGAGUUUCUUUAGAUUUAUUAUUUCUAUUAGUAUUACUCAAUAACCUAUUCGAUGUUUUCUUUCUUCAUUGUACUCAAUUUAAAAUUGUGAGAUUAACGAUUUUUUAUACGAUAUUUUCUAUUCUUAAAAUCCGAUAUAAUUCUUUUUUAUGAUUUACAAUAAUCAAGUGUUUCAAAGUUACCUAUAGUCUUAGAAUUAGUUUAGAAAGAAAGAGUACAAUAAUGCAAUUAAUUAGUUAUUAAAGAGGCCUAAAUUAUAUAAUUUAUUACUCGUAUCAACUAAUAUAAUAUGGUAGUGAAUUGUGAAGAUUAUAUUCUAAAGUUAUAAUAUUAAUGUGUCUCAACCUGAACAUUUGGACUAUUACGUUGCAUCUACCUCUAUAUAUAAACCGAUUUUUUAUUUUUGCUAUUAAAAGUGUAGUUUGAUAAAUAUGCAAAGAUAUUUUGGUAAUAGAAAUAGUUUAAUAGUGACAGUAGACAAUCAGUAGUUUUGCAGAUUCCAAAAACAAAACGCUCUAUCUGCAAUUCGUACUAUAAUCUCUUUAAAUCUGAAAUCAUACAUAUUAAAUUAUCAAAAAAUUAUUCUGUUGCAUUAAUGAAAUAUAUAUGUCCAUUUAAAGUAAAGUAAAGCUAAAUGAAAUUGAAAACCAUUAGUGCUUUUAUUGUUUAAGACUUAAAUGUAUUUCUUAAAUGUCGCAAACCGAAAGUGACUCAAUCCUUGUAAUUUUAAGGUAUAUUUUUGAAUGAAUGAUGUGAUAAAAUUAAUAUUUUAUGUGUAUAUAGAGAAUUGUUAUGUAGUACGUAAAAUGGAAUGCUGUUGAUCGUUUUCUAGUGAACAACAUUUUCAAUGAAAAAAGACGUAUUAUUAGUAGAGAAAUUGGUUCAGAUAUGACUGUGUUCAAUUUGAGCCCCUGUGUACUUACUUUUAAGGAUAGUUUUUAAGUUUUACAAACUGUGGUAUUAAUCGACAUAAAUAAAGCAGUGAAAAUAAUCAACUUAAUGGUUUUACUGUUGAAAAAUAUAUAUUUGAAGCAAAUAUUUGAAUAUUAGGGAGCUCUAU